AUGGAGUCAAGGUAUCUUCAAAAGUGCCUUGGGACAUGUCUAACUCAAGGUCUUGCAGAAGUGGCAAGAAUUCGCCCAGUGGAUCCAAUAGAAUAUUUAGGAUUGUGGAUUUACAAAUAUAAGGAAAACAUGACCAUGGAACAACUGAGACAGAAGGAAAUGGCCGACCUGGAGCAUGAGAGAGAACUUGCUGUGAUAGAGCGGGAGAUGAUGGAGAGGCUCAAAGCAGAGGAGCUCCUGUUCCAGCAGCAACAGCUGGCAUUCCAGCUGGAGUUGGAAAUGCAAGAAAAAGAGAGACAAAGAAUAGAAGAGCUACAGAGAGCUCAAGAAGAAUUAGAGAAGGAGAUGAGAAUGAAUACAGAAAAUAUAGCUAAGAGUGAAGAUAGUUCACAUUCAGAGGAUGUCACAUCAGACACAAGCAAAACACUAGCUGAAAUUAGCGAUCGAUAUGGGGCACCUAACCUGAGCAGAGUGGAAGAACUUGAUGAGCCAAUGCUAUCUGAUGUUGCAUUAAACAUUGAUCAAGAUUUGUAG